AUUUGGAUAUCUCAGCACUUUUCAACACUACACUUGACCAUUUCCCAUCCUAUAGCAUCGGCCGUGACAGCCUUGUUCAUGCUCCUACCUAUACUCGUGAUUUUCGUCUUCGGCCUCAUCCUUCCGGGCCGACUCAACUUCUCCUAUUGCCGUUGGCUGCGCUCCAUUGUUGACCUACCAAUUGGACCUGACACUCUUUCGUCCCAACUCUUGCAAACCUGAAAGCCCCCUUUUCUGAUCAAUACCUGCGCAGAUUCGCGCAACAGACACAAUAGCGCGUCUGCUAUUCACUCGGACUUGCGGCCUCCAAUCCAGCCCAGAGUCCAACCUUUUCUGGUGACUCAGAUCAACUCCAGACGCUUCCUCCUCGAUACAAAUUCUGCCAACUCCCGAUCUCAUAGCUUCCCACGGACAGGAUCCCAAAGAGUACGAGUGGAACCAACCUGAGGCAGUCCCCAAGCGCAUCUAUCCUCAAUCAAAUCACGAAAAAAGCAGAAAGUCUCAUGGAUCACUUCGCAAGAGUCCUGGAGUUCGGAGAGAUACAUCCUCUACAACAUCUUGCCAACAUUCACCAAGGUCUCACAGAGAUAUUCUACCUGGGCACUGCGCACCUGCGCUACAAGCUAGGUAGCUUGACAUGGGGUCCCGCCAUCCAGUUCGCCAAAGACAUGGCCCAAACCACGUUCGCUUCCCUCAAAGUUGGCACCUUUCUUCUCGUUGACCAAGUGUCCGACGAGGUUUUUGUGCACGGCGAAUCAUUCGGCACUGGGCCUGACGAGCUCGGCAACCUCGUCCUCUGCCUCCGCCGCCCUUCCGAAUCUGAGGACGAGCGUAAGGCCACCGAUCUCCCUGGUGCGGAGCUGGUUGUGAAGGACGACGCGUUCUGGUUGCGACUACUUCUGUUCACCGACAUGGGUUUUGCAGAGUCGUACAUGCUCGGCGAGUUCGAGUGUGACGAUCUGACGUCCUUCUUCCAAUUGUUCAUCUUGAACCGUGAACAGCUGAACAACGGCACGACUUUGUUUUCUGGGUUAUUUUCCCACGUCGCCGGUCUCGCUCGCCUGGCAAAUACCAUGGACAAUGCUCGUCUGAACAUCGUCAGGCAUUACGACAUCAGCAACGGCAUGUUUGCUGCUUUUCUGUCGCCAGAUAUGAUGUAUUCGUGUCCCAUCUGGAACCACACGACUAACAGUCGCACCAAACAGGAGGAGAGUCUGGAAAGUGCUCAGAUGAGAAAGAUCAACUAUUUCAUUGAAGCAGCCAAAAUCAAGCGAACCGACCAUGUCCUGGAAUUUGGGACCGGCUGGGGCACCAUGGCUAUUGAAGCCGUGCGCCAGACAGGCUGCCGCGUCACGACUAUAACCCUGUCACAGGAGCAAAAGACCUUCGCGGAGAGGAGGAUCUGGGCAGCGGGGUUUUCGGACAAGAUUGCUGUGCAUCUGUUGGACUACCGAAUGCUGCCUGACCCGGAGGUCCCCUACGACAAGAUCAUAUCUUGCGAAAUGAUCGAGGCCGUGGGCGAAAAGUUUCUGGCCACGUUUUUCUCGCGCGUUGACAGGCUGCUGAAGAAAGACGGAGGGAUUGCCGUGUUCCAGUGCAUCACCAUGCCGGAGGGACGACACAAAGGCUAUUCGAAGCGUGAAGACUUCAUUAACCACUACAUAUUCCCUGGAGGAUACCUCCCAUCUGUCACGCAGUUGAUCAACCACAUCACGACCGAGUCCAACGGAACGCUCAUUGUCGAAAAGAUCAAGAACAUCGGUCCACAUUAUGUCAAGGCGCUGAGGCUGUGGAGGGAGGCCUUUAUGAACAGGUUUGACAGCGUGAUCGUGCCGGCCUUAAUGGUGGAGCAUCCUAGCUUGACGGAGACAGACGUUGAAGUGUUUAAGCGGAAGUGGGAGUACUACUUUUCGUAUAGUGAGGCCGGUUUCCUGACCAAGACGUUGGGCGAUGUGAUUAUCACAGUUGGCAGGGAGGGUGCGCUUGAGCUGAUGGAGGGUAUUCCCUUGUGAUCAUUACUGAGGAACGCAGUGAAGAUGAUUUUGCCUCCAGUUUCGUGUGCAGCAAAGCAUUAUGGUGAUCAUGGCCAGUAAGGAAAGGGCGGAUGUUGGUGAUUGUUAGAGAUGGUUUCGGGCAGCAACAUAUAGACCGCGGCAUGGCAUCUUGUGAGUUUUAGGCGUCCGUUUGCUAGUUUCACUCGGAUUGUAUGCGAAGCAAGAAAACGACGAUCGAUGUCAAGGAC